AGAGGUGGAAUCUCUACAGCUCACCCUGCACAGACCAGAAAAGCUUUGGGAUCACAGUCUGGCUUUUCAAAUAAAAUCAAAACCUAACUGUGCAUUUCCGGCUUGUAAACAGGGCCGCUAGCGCGGGUGAAGUUUUCCUCCGCGCCCUGGGGGCCCCUAUCCUAGCGCAAACACCAAGCGAUUGCGCCCAGCCGCUCCUCCGCCCCAGGAGCGGCCAACCGCGAGGGGCCAGGGCGGCUCCCCCUCUCCCGCCCUGGCUACUGUCCCACCGCCCAGCAUGCAGCUGGCGAGGCCCAGCCCGUCGGGGACAGCUCCUCCUCUCGCAAACCGCGAGUUCUCAACACCUCUGCCGGAAAACACAGGGGAGGAAGCGCCGGCCACGCACAAAACAGGUGGCCCAGCGACUUUCAGCAUCCUAGGGAGGCACCACCUCCUUAUUACUCUCCUGGAACAGGAGUGCCAACGUCACCCAAGGUAUAUUCCCUGUACAUCCAGGUCCCACCAACGAGCCAAGCAAGCAUGUUCACUGGCCUACCUAGGGUGACAACUUCCAUACCAGUGCAUACCAUAUGCCCCUACUGUGGGAACCACAUCAUCACGGUGACAACCCCUGUCCCAGGCAUCCUCACCUGGCUGCUGUGCAGUGGCCUCUUUCUAUUUGGGUGCUUCCUGGGCUGCUGCCUCCUCCCCUUCUGCAUGCGGAGCCUCAUGGACGUGAGCCACUCUUGUCCCGUGUGCCACCAGCAGCUCUUCUACUACCGCCGUCUGUGACCUGCACAAUAAACAGCAAUAAAGUACCUCAGUGUGUAUGUGUGCCCUCCCAUACCCUUCCAAUGGGGAGGGGGAUGAGCAAGUGAA